GAAAUGUUAUAGAUAUUUUUAAUGAAUAAUUUGAUUCACAAUGUUUUUAUUAAUUACAUUUAUUCCUUUAUUAACUGUGAUAAGUUCAGAAUUAAACAUUAACAGCACAACAUACAAAAUUAAAUAUAUUUUGAAUAAAUACAAGUCUUUUCGAACGCGGCGAUGUGUUAACACGGAAAAUGGAGAAUAUCUGAAAAUUAACAAUUUUGCAGAGAACAUAUUAAGAGUUUUGGAGAAGACCGAGAGGUUCGGAGAAUAUUUGAAGUAUGUUAACGUGAGUGACUGUCAUGUUGGUGAAAGUGAUAAUGUGUGUACAAAACAACAUGUUUUCAAUGGAUUGCUGUUACAUGAAGAAGUGCCCGAGACGCACUGGGAGGAAUAUAAGACAGCAUACAACAAGGACUAUGCAACUGAUCGUCACGAGAAAUCUGCAUUAUCAAUAUGGAGGGACAAUUUGAAACGGGUCGCAAAACAUAAUCAGUUGUAUCUAGCAGGAGAGCAGACAUAUUCACUGCAUCUCAAUUAUUUUGGAGACUGGCCAAUAACAGCAUACAUCAGACAGCUGCUAAAGCUAAUAAAAACCAUACCUCUGUUCGACCCAGCAGAAGAUCGUAAGAAGACAACAUACCGCAACAAUUUGCAUCGCAAGAUACCGAAAAAGGUGGACUGGCGUGCGGAAGGCUACACUCCCAAGCGAGAGGAGCAAUGGCAUUGCGGCGCGUGCUACGCGUUCGCGGUUGCGCACGCGUUGCAGGCACAGCUUUAUAAGAAGCAUAGGAACUGGAAGGAACUCAGUCCUCAACAGAUCGUGGAUUGCAGCUUCAGGGAUGGUAACUUGGGCUGCGAGGGAGGGUCGCUUCAAGCUGCUCUGAGAUAUGCUGCCAGAGCUGGACUGACAACGGAGACUUAUUAUCCUUAUAUUGGGAAGAAAGGGCGUUGCCACUACAACAGUCGCACAGUGAGAGCCAGGGCGCGGCGUUGGGCCACUUUACCGGCGGGCGAUGAGGAGGCCAUGGAACGAGCGGUGGCCACUAUUGGGCCAUUGGCCGUAGCUGUCAACGCUUCUCCUUUCACCUUCCAACUUUACAGAAGCGGUGUAUAUAACGACCCUUUCUGUGUUCCCUGGAAACUCAACCACGCGAUGUUAUUAGUAGGAUACACCCCGGAAUAUUGGAUCCUACUGAACUGGUGGGGGAAACAGUGGGGUGAGGAUGGGUACAUGAGGAUCCAAAGAGGCUUCAACAUUUGCGGAGUGGCAAAUAUGGCGACGUACGUCGAAAUAUAAGAACUGAAAGAGAAACAUUACAAAAAUAAUUAAGUAACUAUUUAGAGUUGUCAGAGUCAAAGAUUAAAAACUAGCGGAUAUUCGGCGUGUGCUUCUACGCUAAAAACCCAGCCAAGCUCGAGUCAGACUCGCGCACUGAGGGUUCUGUACUACAGAAGAAGGAAAACGAUAAGAAUUACGAAUCAUUCAUUAAUAAGAGUGAAUAGGCAUCUUCUAGGUAAACGCGUCCCAUCUUAGGCCACAUCUUCACUUUCCAGGUGGGAUUGUGGUCAAGCGCUUGGCUAUAAUGAAUAAAAAUAAAUUAAAAA